AUGGAAUGUACAAUCCUUGAUAUCUUCCCCGAGAUACAGAGUGACGUUGGAAAUAAACUGAACUUGAUCAUCGGCAAUCUCGCGAAUUUACGGACAAAUAUCCGCUCUCGAGAAUUGACCAACCCCCAAGAGAUCCUGAGUGUGGCAUGUGCCAUCGAAGCCGAGCUCCUCGCUUGGUUAGCCGCACUGCCGCCGGAUUUCACAUACAGUACCCAUACACUUGUGCCACUGGACACAUCUUUUGGACACCGCUGUCACGGAAUCCGACCAUACAACAACGAAUACCACAUCUACCCGGAUAUCUGGUCGCCCAGUGUCUGGAAUCACUACCGCUGCACACACAUUCUUGUCAUCGAGCUUAUAAUAUCCCAAGUGAACAAAAUAUCCAAGAGCUCGCCUGUCCCAUUAUUCGAAGACAUUAGUUCAUACUGCAAGACUCAACGGGCGACAAUUCGUCGCCUAGGUCUCGAUAUCUGCAGCAGUAUCCCAUUUCAUCUGGGUGCGUGCAACUCAGAGGUACUCCUAGAGACGACUAUCUUUCCGCCAGAGAGCUAUCUAGGCGGUCUCAUGCUUCUUUGGCCCCUAUUUGUGGCCGGCCUAGUGGAGUCCCCGGCUCAUCCACAGCGUCUGUGGGCUAUACAGUGCCUGCAAACCAUAGGAAACACGUGGGGGCUAGCGUCAGCGCUGGCAGAAAUGGAUGUUCUCAUUGUGGACCCGAGAAUGUUUUACUUGGUGGAAAUCUAUGGCGAAGCCGCUGAUCCGCCGGCUGGAACGUCGGUGACACUGCCGUUUCCCGUAUAUCAUGUGCCGUAUUUCGAUCUUUCCACUCUGAGGGAGUUUCGAAGGCUUCAGCCUACAACGGCAUGA